AUGAGCUUACCCGACAUGUCUCCCAGGCCCAACUUCACAGUGACGCUGGUCUCGGCUCGUAGUGGGAAGGAUUAUCCCCUUCAUCGAGCUCGUCUUGUCUGCGGCAAUACUAUGGACGCCUUCGUUCCUAGCAUUGCUGGAGAGGCGUUCCAUGUAAAGCUGGCGCGAUCGAAGGAGGUUCAUUCAGCAGAUCCUCUAUGCUUCAAAGUAUGGGUAGAUGGCCGUUACAUGCAAGGCUACGCUGUUUCCCCACUUUCGGACUCCGCUGUCAUGGAGGGUGUAUACGACUCCGUGGGCGUUCGGCCUUUCGUGUUCAGCAAUAUAGAAACAACAGAAGAUGACGACGAAGGCCAUGAGCUUGACGUAUCCAAACUUGGGCUAAUCGAAAUUCGUGUCUGGCGCGCGAUCGUGACACGCGAUGGUGAACAGCCUGAUCAAGGCUAUUACAAGAACGUGCAGCGCCAUUUAGGCCCUGUUCCCAAGAAACUGGACAAAGUAGGCUGGCACGGAGUCUCUCUCGGUGAUUACCGGCCUCAUAAUGGAUUGUUUCGCACCCAUUCGGCUUACAUCGAUAGCCCCUCUACGCCCUAUGCCACGUUUCGAUUUCACUACCGGCCUCUUGACAUCCUGCUGAAGGAUCGUGUUCUCGCCCACAUGGACGAUCCCCUCGCCCAGAGUUAUCCCCUCUCGAGAAAGCGUGAUCGUAGCGAGGAUGAGGGGAUACACUCAGACGCGGGGGUGAUGACACCUGGAAGAGAGAAACGGAGCAAGUAUGACCAUGAUAGCGAGAUGCUCUGA